AUGUUUCGUAUGAGGAUCAAGUUGCCACCCAAAUCUUCCGAGUACUUGGCCGCUGUAUGUUGGGCGAACCACAAGGAGACGCGCACGGAGGCGCGAAGCGGGGGGCUGUACGUGGACAACAUGCCCCAAGGUGGAGGCGUGGCACUAUCGAGCAAUUCUAAGGGUAAGGGCAAUGAAGACGAGUUCAAAGAUGUACCAGAAUCAUUGGAGUAUGAUGGUCCUCCUAUUUGGGAUGACAAGAUUGAUGAUGUUGUGGUGGAGGUCGAUGAGGUCCACAAGGAGAAGACACCCAAGUUCGAAGAGGUCCUAUGUGAUGUUGUGCCAAUGCAUGCUAAUCAUAUACUUUUGGAUUCGAGGACGAAUCAUUUUGAAGAAGAAGGGAAUGAUGGGGUUCGGUCGAAGCUCUCCAUUGACAGUAAGAUUGAUUUGUUUCAAAUAAAUGCAGAACUGAUCGUAAGGGAAAUGGCUAGUAAAAUGAAGGAAGCCAUGAGUGUCUUACUGUUGAAUUUCAAGAGAAGACAACUUAUCAAGAUACUUGAGCAAGAUCUUGUGGCGUUCACCAUACCGAGGUUCCUAGCUGAUUAUAUAGCUAACGGGUCGAGGUUUUCAAGCUCUAGUGAGUGUAUGCCUUUUGAGUUUAGGGCGAUAGGACUCAUGCGAGCGGGGUCGAGUAUCGGAGGGGAUACCCGGACCUCAUGGAUGGAAAUUGUCGCUUGA